GCGACAUCCUCGGCAUCCCAUCCUCGACUCUUUGCUUCACAGCACCGGCCCGGCUCGUUCUCCGGCGAUGAACGACGGCGAUUCGGAGCCUCGCCGGAACCUCUCGCCGUUCCUGGAAUCCGGCGUUCACCGACUGGAGGGCUCGGGCGCGGUCUUCGUCGAUCCCGUUCGCGUUCUGAACCGCUCUCUCGCGCGGUUCGGCAUCUCCCCUUCCGCGUACUACUCUCGUUUCUUCGAGCCCAAGCCCUCCGACGUCGCCGACGGCGGUUCGGAUGGGAGGAAGCGGAAGCGCAGGGCGAAGAAGACGCCUCUCGUCCUCAACGAGCGCGAGCGAGUGGCCGCUCAGCGUCACCAGGAGGCGAGGCCAUUUUUGGUUAAGGCGCACGAAUCUUUACUUGGGGCUACUGAGCUGAGGUCUUUCAUGUUGAAGAUGAAGGAUGAACUCGCCGCCGCCACGGAAGAACGGAAACCGGUGCCGCCUGGUGUUCCGCCGUCGUUUAUCGAGCUCGGGAGGCUCUGGCAAGCUCCUUUGUAUGAGAUAACACUCAACUUCUCGCAAGAAAAGCUGACCGGAGAUGGAGGUCCCUUGAUCAUACACAGCAAAGAGCAAAAAGUGCUUCCUAUAUUCGAUAACUUAGUUCAUAACGGAACAAAGGAUGAUUUGGAGGCUGAGUUCCUUGGCAGUCAAUAUGUCAUUCCUAGAGAAAGUUGCUUCUACAUGUCCGACCUGCAGCAGAUUCACAAAAUGAUUCCAGUUGAGGGUGAUGCUCGUUUCCAUCUUAUAGUGAUAGAUCCACCAUGGGAAAAUGGAAGUGCCCUGCAAAAGUUGAGAUAUCCAACUUUGCCUAAUAAAUAUUUCUUAUCGCUGCCUGUUCAGCAACUUGCUCAUAGAGAAGGAGCUCUUGUUGCCUUGUGGGUGACUAACAGGGAGAAGCUCCGUAAUUUCGUUGAGAAAGAGCUAUUUCCUGCAUGGGGAGUCAAAUUUUUAGCAACUUUUUACUGGUUAAAGGUGAAAUCAGAUGGAUCUUUUAUUUGUGACUUGGACCUAUUCCAUCACAGGCCUUAUGAAUGCAUUCUCUUGGGCUUCUGUGACAAGGAGGACAUGGAUCCUAGAGAUCUGUCAAGAUUAAGUAAUAUUCAAGAUAAAAGAGUAUUGAUUAGUGUGCCUGGGGAUUACUCAAGGAAGCCCCCACUUGAAGAGCUAGUUCUUGAGUACAUUCCAGGGACCAAGCCAGCACGAUGUGUUGAAUUAUUUGCUAGAGACAUGAGGCCUGGAUGGUUUUCUUGGGGGAAUGAGCCACUGCACUUUCAAGAGCUGAGAUAUUUUCAGAAGAGAGAUGCAGAUGAUGUCUGAUGUGGGCUUAUAUGCAACAUUUAGCGAGCACGGGGAACAAAUCAUCUCUCUUGCUUGCUAUAGAACUCAGAGGAGUUGGAUGGACCAGAGAGAUGAUAAUCAGCUGGAGGAGUUGGUAACACUGGGGCUUCAGACCUGUCAACUGGUCCUGUGAUGGCCGAGCACACAUUGGUUGACAGAUCGACAAAUUAUGGAAAUAUGCACAGGGGGUUUCUGCUCACUAGAUCUUUUUGUUCAGUCACAUUAUUAACCCAUCUGGAGCCAAGGUAGUUUUGACAAACGGCCACCAAGCUGAAGUGGCUCAAUAACUCGUGUUCUAUUACGGCCUGAUUUUGUAAUUAUGACUGUUAAAAGCGACAAUUUUGUAGGUCGAGUAGAUUAUGAAUCUGUUUUCUUUUCUUAUCUAUUGAGUAGUUCGCUAGGGCCAUUUAAUGAUUAAUAUUGCGAGAGAAACAGACUAGAUUAGUUGAUGCUGAUGCUAUAGAGAGAAAGGGAGGAACUUUUCAUUCCUCUCGCUAGUAAUGAUCUGUCAUUUUGGAAUUUCUUCA